AAUAUUAUUAGCAAUCGUUUCAUUCGAUCGAGUGGUCAGGUCUUCUUUUUUGCACCGUCAGCUCAAUUUUCACGCCUUCUAUUCCCUUCCACAUAAAAUGGCAGCCAAAUUUAUAGUCCUUGUAGCCGUGAUUGGCUUGGCAGCGGCUAAUCCUGCAGUUCGGCCAACGAACAUGGAACACAUGAUCGAUGAGAUGACGGGAAAAUGCAACACAGGAGCUGAUUCAUUGGCCUGUGUGAAAGUCAGAGCGAUGAGAUUCCUGGACACAGUCAUGAGCAAGGACGAUUUUAAAGUCAGUGACGUCGAAGUGAAGUCGAAUGGAGCCAACAACAGAGUAGCACGUUCUCAGGGAGACUUCUUGGACGCCAUCGAAAGCUACAUCUCAGGACAUGAUGUGACCGUUGAUUUUCCCGUUGCCGAUGCCAAAGUGACUGUCUCCUCGAGGAAUCUAAACAACGACGAAAUCAACUUGAACGUCAAAUUCCCAGGCGCUGAAGUUGAAGGAAAGGGUCGCAAGAACCGUUUGAAGAAAAUCGCUGUCCCAAUCAUGGUUUUGAUCCUCCUCAAGGCUAUGACUGUCAUCCCAAUGGCAAUUGGUAUCCUAAAACUGAAGGCUUUCAACGCUCUUGCUCUUGGUUUCUUCUCAUUUGUUGUCUCCGUUGGUUUGGCCAUCUUCCAACUCUGCAAGAAGCUUGCCGCUGAACACCACCCACCCCACAUCAGCGCCCAUGGUCCAUGGGACAGUCGGUCAUUUGCUGCAAAUGCCCAAAUCGAAUCUGCCCAAAACAUGGCUUACAAGGCGUAUCUCUAAGUAUCUAUCAGAAGAAGAAAACAUUAUUCGACGCACGGAACGUGUCUCCUCCCAAAGAUAAAGAAACAACAACAACGCCAAAUGGUAUUUUUCUUAGGCAAACAAAUCGCAUAGAAUAUACGUAGUAAUUUUAAUUAAUUUAUUUAAUGUUUAAACAAAGAAGAAGAGAAAAAAAAGUAAAAAAAAAA